AUGUCUCCCCCCGCUGCUAUCUACGAGCCUACUGUUGCCCCCACCGGCAUCAAGGGUAAGGUGAUCGUCCCCGAGACGGUCUCCACCACCCUGACCGGCCAGGGCCAGAGCAAGCUUCUGGAGCAGUUCGGCGGCAAGUGGGAUGAGUUCAAGUUUGCGCCGAUCCGCGAGAGCCAGGUCUCGCGCGCCAUGACCCGGCGCUACUUCCAAGAUCUGGACAACUACGCCGAGAGCGACGUUGUCAUCGUCGGCGCUGGCUCCUGUGGUCUCAGCACUGCGUACGUGCUGGCUAAGGCCCGUCCGGACCUGAAGAUCGCCAUUCUUGAGGCUUCCGUGUCUCCAGGUGGUGGUGCCUGGCUUGGUGGCCAGCUCUUCUCCGCCAUGGUCCUGCGCCGUCCCGCAGACGCCUUCCUCAACGAGCUGGGCGUGCCCUUCGAGGAGGAGCCCAACAACCCCAACUUCGUGGUCGUCAAGCACGCCGCGUUGUUCACCUCGACCCUGCUGUCGCGUGUGCUGGCCUUCCCGAACGUCAAGCUCUUCAACGCCACCUGUGUCGAGGACCUGAUCACCCGCCCAGAUGGAGACAAUGUGCGCCUCGCCGGUGUGGUCGUCAACUGGACCCUGGUCACCCUGCACCACGACGACCACUCCUGCAUGGACCCCAACACCAUCAACGCGCCCGUCAUCAUCAGCACCACCGGCCACGACGGCCCCUUCGGCGCGUUCUGUGCGAAGCGUCUCGUCUCCAUGAACGCUAUCGACAAGCUCGGUGGAAUGCGCGGUCUGGAUAUGAACGCCGCCGAAGACGCCAUCGUCAAGAACACCCGUGAGGUUGCUAAGGGCCUGAUCAUUGGUGGUAUGGAGCUGUCUGAGAUUGACGGCUUCAACCGCAUGGGCCCGACCUUCGGUGCUAUGGUCAUGAGCGGUGUUAAGGCUGCCGAGGAGGCGCUGAGCGUCUUUGAUGAGCGUCAGCGCGAGUGCGCCGAGUAA